UCCCUGGCGAUUCGCGGAGCCAGAUCAACCCAAAUUGGAAAUAGUUGAACUAGAGGAUAGAUUCUUCCAUAAGCUUGUUUAUUUCGUAUUAGACUUGUUUGUUUUUCAUUUGCCAACAAUCUCAAAGUUAUCGCCGGAAUUUCCGUAGGCGAUCAUGCGCUUCACGCUUCCAGAUUCCAUCGCCAUCAAAACAAUUAGUUAUCCUAGUAGAGGCCAUAUAUACUACAACGAAAAAAAAAAGUCAGUAUAUCUUGGGGAGCAGAGCGUGUUUAGCACGCUCGUGAAGAUAGAAGUGGAACGAGCAACAACAAACCCCAAAUACGUUCACCUCCGAUUCAGUCAUUCCAACAGGUAUUGGUCGGAGGGGGAGAGCAGCAGCGUCAUCGUUGCUAACUCAAAGCAGCCCGAAGAAGACGUUACGGAGCCUUCAUGCACGUUGUUCCAGCCGUUUCAGGCGCCUGGUCAGGCGGCAGGUGUGUUUUACUUGGCUCACGUUCGGACCGGUGGGUGUCUAAAGGUAAAUUUGGCGACCCGGGUUGGCUUGGGAGUUUUCGUGAGUCUAUUCCCCACGGAUUCGUCCAAUUAUCUAACUUAUGUGGAUUGGAGUACCUUGGUGAAACUGCCUGCCCACGUCGCUUUCAAAGGGGACAACGGCAGGUACCUUAGAGGAAUAUCCAAGGAUGGGAACAACUACAUGCAGUUCUCAUCAGAUGAUCCUAAUGAGUGGUCAUCCGGGCACAAGGUGUAUCUCAUGCCCGACGGAUAUGUCCGGUUAGCGUCGGAUCACUGGAGCGGCCAGUUUUGGAGGAGCGGUCCUAGCUGGAUAUGGGCCGAUUCCGAUCAGUCUUCCUUCAACAACCGCCACACUCUCUUCUGGCCGGUCAAAGUACAAAAAAACAACACCAUUGCACUCCGCAAUGCCAGCAACAACCAAUACUGCUCACGUCUCUCCACCGACAUGUUAAAAGCGGCCGUCCGCAACAUCACCAGAGAAGCAAGACUGGUGGUGCAAGAGCUCGUGUCCCAAAGAAACGUCUACAACGUCAGAUAUCGGAUGCAGGACGCUAGGAUACACGACGAGCUGCCUUACGUGGCAGGCACAUCCGUGCUUACUAACACCAGCAGACAGGAGGCUACUAUGGCUGUUCAGGUUACGUAUCAAGACCAGAAAUCAUAUACUUUUAGCCGUAGCUUUUCUUUAACAGCAGGGGUGGAAACCACCAUCAAAGCUGGCGUGCCCUUUAUUGCGGAAGGAGCAAUCAAAGUCUCUUUUAAUAUAAACGCCGCUCUCCAGUGGGCGGAAACCACCACCACCACCACAUCAGUUAUGGCAUCUGGUUCGGUCCCUGUACCUGCGAGGAGUAAAGCUACGAUAGAAUAUGUCGGGACGAGGGGCACCUGCGAUGUUCCUUAUUCUUACACGCAGCAAGACAUGAGCUCCGCCGAUGGCAGUGUUUCUUACACUGAGCAGGUUGAUGGUAUUUACAAAGGCGUCAGUUGUUACAACUUCCGCUUUGUUAUCAAAUCCACUCAGCGCCUCGCCUGAGCAUCCCAUGCCGAUUUUCCCAAUCAUCAAUAACGUCAUGAAUUUUAUUUCUUAUAUCUAAGCUAGCUUCAUACUUAAACUUCUGACAUGUAACGGAAACUACGAAUAUCAACAGUAAUAUUUCAGUAA